AUGCAGCUAAGCCAGCAGCCGCAUCAUCCACAACAACAGCCACAGCUACAUCACUACCAACACCAACAGUUGCAAAAUCUGCAACCGUCGCCUAUCUGUCAACUGGUAUGGAACGGCAACGGUCAGGUCCAACCGGACCAUGUUGUUGGUGGUUCGUUCUCCUCUUCAUCCUCCUUGUCAUCGUCCUCAUCAUCCUCGCCGUCCUUGUCCUCGUACUCGCCGCCGGGGAUGAAUCCAGCUCAUCCCCACUCGUAUCAGCAGCAUCAUCAUCACCGCCAUCCUUCCUCCCAGUACCACCAUCAGUUCCAACCGCGUCCCGCCGUUCCGCAGCCAUUCCUCCCUCCACCGGCGGCACCAGCUCGUUUCCGCUAUUUCAACUAAGCGAUCAUCGUCUUCGUGGUGGUGGUGGUGGCGGCACGUUGCGGUGUGAUUCAGGCAGAUAAAUAUACCAGUUCUUAUACAAAAUACGAAUUAAACCAAGUUUUAUACCUUUGCCAAUCGUUCAUGGGCGAAUCGAGGACACGGGGAGGGGACCGCGCCGGGGCACCCCUCACUUAGCCAGCAGGGGUCAGUACGGAUUACACACUCAGUUAGGAAAAAGCCGAGUGUGCGGUGCGGUCUCGGAAACGUGCUCGUCAGUAGUUGUAGUUGGUACGAAUUAGUGCGUCACAGAUUUAAAAUUCAAGCGGUAACUAAAUGUUCAUUAAACAUUAAUUAAUUAACUAUAAUAUAAAUAACUAAUAACAUAGAUGGCGAUGAGAUAAGGACACAGAGUAAAACACUAUUUUAAAGAGUAAGAAAUAUGAAACAUUUUGGAACCGAGUUGGAGCGGAGGAAAUUCCGAAACAAUAAAAACAAUACACCCAGGUAGUCUCUCUAGAGUGACGAUACCUAAUUGCAAAAUUUAAGGAAUACAAAAAGGCGUUAAACAUAACAACAAGCUAUUGAUUUAGGAGCAUAAUUUUUCUCACCAGGAGAUCUUUCCGGUUUUGAUCGACUUCUUCUUUUCAUAUUUUCUUUUCUGCUGAAAGAUCCAUUUAUUUUGAGGAAUGUCGGAAAGUAAUCGACAGUGAACAUGCAUAUGGGCCUAACUGCGAUGAUCGAUUCUCUUCAUCGAUUUUCCCUUUAAAUUGCUACAGCUAAGGGAAGCAAUUUUCGGAAAUUUGACCAAUACAGUGCUGUAACAGGUUGUAUUGGCUAUCAAAAGAAACAACAAACGUACCGAGAAAUGUUAAUCCAAUCGAGUUAUUAACAAGAGAGAAAAUUGACGAAGAGAAUCGAUUAUCGUGGUUACGCCCUUAUGUAUACUCACUGUCGAAUUGUUGUUUGUUUGCUUGGUUUUUUAAAGCUUUACGAAAAUUGAUUAAUGCACAAUAUUCACCACCCUUCCAAGCGUGGUACAGGUCAAUUCAAGCUGUACAUUGCAUUAGGUCCUAAGUAACAUAAUCGAUUCUCUUCAUCGACUUUGUUUUCGUUAAUAACUUUGGUACAGCACCGUUUCUUGUCUUGUGUUUGUCGUAUUAGAAGCAAGAUAAUUGCUUUUUGCAUCGAUCUGUGUGCUGAAAAUAGCUGGGAAUGUCUUAACACGGUCAUGAGGAUGCAAAGAGAAAAUCGACGUAGAGAAUUUGUCAAUGUUACUUAGGACCUAAUGCAUUGUUCAGCUUGAAUUGUCUACAUGAUUUCUAUAGUUCAUGCGCUGAAGGAAAUUUGACAGGUGAUGAGAAUCUUGCUUACUGAAAAUGAACAUAUAAUUUUGAUUUUCAGUUAACAAAGCCCUCAUCAGUCCUGUCAAAUUUGUUUUGGUGAAUUUCAUCGGUGAGCUCGUCUUUUGUGCAUUGAAUCUCAAACUCAAACUUUAAAACAUG